AUCGGGGCGAUCGGACUGUCCAUGCGCUUCGUAACCCCAGUCGUUGCCCAGUCUUUGCCCCAUGCAUCCAAGCAUCUGUCUCCGUGGAAAUUUUCCCGACGUGAAGCGAGCGUUCUCUGUUCGCACAUGGCUUUGGAAACGAAGCCGUGUCGUGAGUCUCGAUUGUGCGCCUGUGGGAGCGGAUUGAUAUGAGCCUGGAAUGCGAUUUGGAUCAGCGCAUGUUGAUCAGUUGCUGUUGUCGUUCGAUCGUUUAUCUUCUCGAAUUGUUGUUCUCGAUCGUGCAGCUGAACUGUUGUUAUGAUCAGAUGUAGUUUUUUUGAAUUGUUGAACAAUUGAGCUGAUGAGUGGCAUCCAGUGUGAUCAAAUAUAUCGUGAGGCGAAAUGUUUGCAAGCUCUGCACUCAAUAUGACGCGACUUGGUUCGAAGGAUGAUUCUUACGGACUAGGGAGCGUGAUUAUGAUCUAUAACUCUUAACUAGGGUCAAUCCACCUUAGACUUCUGUGGAGGUGUGCGUGUUUGGAUGCCCUCGUGGGAAAUAGAGCCAAUCUAAGCUCUCUUCGCAAGCAACGUUGAGAAGUUAAGGUGCAUUCGAAAUCGGCAGCUUGUAAGAUGGGAUUUCUAUUACAACUUAGUACAUUCAAGGAUUCAGUGUUCCGGUUGCUUGAUACACUGUCUCCAGCAAGUCAGUCUUUAUUGGAGAAGCAAGGAAGUACGAAGGGACGGUAUACGCGGCACAUAUCUGACAUGGCUGGAUCAAUGAACUUGAUUGUCAAUCCUACAUUCAUAUGGGGCUCAGACCAUGGAUGGCAGCCUAUUUGCUGCUCCAUGUCUAUUAGCGAUAGACUUCCUCAAUGUGGUGGUCCACCAAGUGGACAUCGGUUCUAUUGCAUCGCGCACAAUCGAACACAAGUGUGGCAGGGUAUUGCGCAGGAUAUUUCUAGCCGAUUGAAGGUAGGUAUGGAGUACAAAGUAGAGGCCUGCGUAUCUAUAUCUGGUCCUGUUGAGCUAGCCGAUGUGCGAGUCACAUUAAAGCUGGAACAUGCAGAGGGCCAAGUUACCUACACCACUCUUGCGAGUGGCCCAGUCUCGAAACGAGAGUGGACAUUUUUAAACGGCAAUAUGGAAGUUAGCAAGGGACCUAUCAAAGCUUUAGUUUACUUGGAAGGACCCCCACCAGGAAUAGAUAUACUUGCUAGCUGCUUCUCUAUUGCAUUAUCAAAACCUGAACUUCAGUGCUCAAAUAAAGAGCCCAAUGAGGUGAACAUUCAUGGAAAUGUCCUUGUCAACCCAACUUUCGACACUGGAGUUCAAGGAUGGUCAGGAAUCUGCUGCAAAGUCGCGCAUUCGGGUAUGCAUGGUUGGAAAGGCAUUUACGGACCUAGAGGAAAACCGUUUGCCUUGGCUAUUAAUAGAACCGAGGCUUGGCAGGGGAUGGAGCAGGACAUAACUACUCUAGUGCAGUCUAAUGAAACCUACCUUGUGACAGCGGUGAUCCGCACCGCUGGGAAACCUCAUCAAGGAGCCAAUGUGUUGGCCACAGUUCGACUUGAUUAUGGAGGCUCCAAUCCACGUUACGUAUCUGUCGGGAGGGUGAAGGCGUCUAGUACAGAGUGGGCUACACUCGAAGGCAGGCUUCACUUAGACACUCACCCUCGAAAGGUAGUUUUUUAUUUGGAGGGACCCCCUAGUGGCGUUGAUCUACUGGUAUCCACAGUGAUUAUCAAGCAUGCCAAUCCGCCGGAGUGUGAGGGAUCUCCUCUUAAGAGAAAGAGAACAGAAGCAAACAGUACGCGAACCGGAAUUUCUGAUAGCAUUGUGCGCAAUGCUACAUUUAGUCAAGGUUUACGAAAUUGGAAGCUCAGAGGCUCUAGAGGUUUUGUGUGCAACUGCCUCGAGAGCCCAGAAGUUCUUCCAUUGGAGGGAAAGUCUUUCGCCGUCGCCACCCAACGUAUUGCCACCUGGUCCGGCAUCGAGCAGACCAUCACGGAUCGGAUAGAUCUCGAGACAAUUUACGAAGUUGCAGCUGCUGUUCGCAUUUCUGGCUCUUGUUUAAAGGCAACUGUGAAGGCCACUCUGUACCUCCGAGAAGCUGACAACAGCGAGCGUUACAUCACCAUGGGAACCGUGGAGGCGAACACUACGGAAUGGAAACUGUUGGAGGGCAGGAUGAUAUUGUUGAAGGCACCAUCUUACGUGUCCGUGUACUUAGAGGGUCCGCCACCAGAGACAGAUAUUCUUGUUGAUAGUUUCUACAUACGACCUGCGUCAAAACCAGAGCCACCCAACCCUCCUAUCAUUAAGGAUCCCAAAUACGGUGUGAAUAUAAUUGAAAAUCACGACUUGCAACAUGGUUCAAAACUUUGGUUUGGACAGGGCUCUGCUCGACUCUCCGUUGCCUCCGGGGCUCCAACUGUCGUUCCACCUGCUGCAGCUCUAUCCCUACCGUGCUCGACUAGUUUGAGUGGGAAUUAUCUUAUUGCGGCUAAUCGUACACAAGGGUGGGAGGGUCCUGCCCAAAAUAUUACGGACAAGUUACAGCUCUUUGUGGUCUAUCAAGUCUCAGCUUGGGUACGUGUUGGGAAAUGCCGUGGAAAGACAGGGCAAAAAGUGAAUGUUGCUUUGAGUGUGGAUGGAAGUUGGAUGACUGGAGGAGAAGUGGAAGUUGAUGAAUACUCAUGGAAAGAAAUAAUGGGGUCCUUUCGGCUGGAAAAAAAGCCUAACUUUGCCAUGGUUUACGCUCAAGGACCAGAACCUGGUAUAGAGCUUAUGCUCGCUGGGUUACAAAUAUUUGCGGUCGACAGAAGUGCACGAAUUCCAAUCUUGAAGGCACAAGCUGACAAGAUCCGAAAGCGAGAUGUGACUAUUAAGUUAAAACCUCGCAACAAUCGGCAUAUUCCACCUGGCGUAUGUGUGAGGAUUGAGCAGACAAGCAGGAGUUUUCCGCUAGGUUCAUGUAUCAACCGUUGGAGUCUAAACAACAACAGCUAUAAGCAGUUUUUCCUUCAAAACUUUAACUGGGCAGUUUUUGAGAAUGAGCUCAAGUGGAAUUGGAUUGAGCCUCAGCGCGGCACUAUUAAUUACGAAGACGCUGAUGAGAUGGUGAACUUCUGCUCAGAACAUCGCAUACCUAUGCGUGGUCAUUGCAUCUUCUGGGAAGACGAGAGCUGUUGUCAGGAUUGGCUCAAAACACUCUCUCCCUUAGAGCUGAAAGAUGCCUUGCAGAAUAGAGCAGCUGACUUGCUUAGACGUUACAAGGGGAAAUUUCAACAUUAUGAUGUGAAUAAUGAGAUGCUUCACGGAUGCUUUUUUCGAGAUCGGUUAAACCCAGACAUAUUACCCUACGUAUAUAAAUUGGCUCAUCAAUUAGAACCUGAGGCAGUUCUUUUUGUGAAUGACUAUCAUGUUGAAGACGGAGUAGAUGCAAAUUCUGCUCCUGAAAAAUAUGUUAAACAUAUUGAGUGGCUGCGAAAAGAAGGUGCACCAAUUGGAGCUAUAGGGUUACAGGGUCAUUUGGAUACCCCAAUUGGUUCAAUUAUUUGUAAUUCUUUGGACAAAAUGAGCAGUGUGGGCUUACCAUUGUGGAUGACUGAAAUUGACAUUGCUGCAGCCAAUGAGCAUAUUCGAGCAGAUGACCUUGAGGUUGUGAUGCGGGAGACUUUUGCUCAUCCAAGCGUGGAAGGUAUCAUGCUUUGGGGUUUCUGGGAAGGAGCGAUGUCCAGAGAAAAUGGCCAUCUUGUCGAUUCUGAUAAGCGUGUGAAUGCUGCUGGCGAGCGUCUCAUCAAUUUGAGGGAGGAAUGGACCACCAGACUCCAUGGACAAAUGGAAGAGUCUGGGCAAUUUUCUUUUCGGGGUUACCACGGAGGAUACAAGGCUUUUGUCGAAUAUGGUGAACUUGGUGAGAUUGCAGUAGAUUUUGAGGUCCCUAAAGGUGACAGCCCUCUGGUUAUUGAGCUAUCGCUGUCUUGAAAUGUACCAUUUUGAACUCUAAUCAAUUUUUCCUCUGAGAUAUUUAAUUUGGUUACUAAGGUAACGUCAUGGA